AAAUUAGAUUUCUCAAAAAAUUAAAAAUUAAAAAUCUGGGUUUAUAUUUCACGUAAAUAUAAAACUUUUAAAGGACCAAAUAUUGUAGUAAUUUACGUGUUAUUUCGGUUGAUUUAGAUAUGAAUAUGCCGGGAAAAAGAAAAAGAUUUACGUAAUGAAUACGACUAAAGCUAUUUCCACAUCAUUUGGGCGUUGAAAAGUAAAGUGUUCACACCGUCACAUUACUACCUUUUUCCGCCGCAAAAUAACUUCCCUAACUAUGUGGUUUCUUCUUGUUAAUAUCCCCACAUUCCCCACUCAAAUAGUGCAAUUUUUUGCACAUGCUCACGUGUCAACAUGUGGAUGGCUUUAUUCCAAGCCCCUCCAUUUAAGGGCCGCUAGAAGACGGCCGAAGUGGGCUGUCAUCUAUCCCCCUCCUUUUGCCACGUCGUAAACUAUCUCUCAAAGAUUCUUCAAUCUCUCGUAUUUCUAAAGAAGAUAGCAAAUAAAAGUGCAGCAACAUUGGCCAACUACCAAGUCUACAAGAAAGCAUAUUUUUUUAGAUGUAAUCCCCCUUUUUUUUUUUUUGGGUGUGUGUUCAUACCAAAGCCAUAGGGACAAAGUCAUAUUUAAAUUUGAACCGUAGCACCUCUCCCCAUUUGUAUAAACCCACCAAACCAUAUGCAAAAGCCAAACUUCUUCCUCUAGUCUUCUUCCUUUGCGCUCCUAUCCAUCUCUUUCCAUGGAAUGGAUUAGAGGGUCCAUCAUUGGCCGCGGCUCUACCGCCACUGUCUCCUUGGCCACCAUCGUCCCGUCUGGCGAGCUCUUUGCGGUCAAGUCCGCCGAGCUCUCCCGCUCUAUGUUCUUGCAGAAAGAACAAUAUUUUCUGUCUCAACUCUGUUGUCCUCACAUAGUUGAGUACAUAGGCUUUGAUGUUUCAUAUGAAGGUAAUAAGCCUAUGUAUAAUCUUUGGAUGGAGUAUGUACCUGGUGGCACGCUCUACGAUGCAAUUCAAAGGCACCAAGGGCGGCUGGAUGAGGCUAUGAUUAGAGCGUACACAAAGCAAAUUCUGCAAGGCUUGGAAUAUCUUCAUGCCAAUGGGUUGGUGCAUUGUGAUAUAAAGAGUCGGAACAUAUUGAUAGGCAAGGAAGGUUCCAAAAUUGCUGACUUGGGCUGCGCUAAAUUGGUAGGAAAAGUUGCUGGAAAUGGAGAUUCUUCCAUGUCAGCACUUUCCGGCACACCAAUGUUUAUGGCUCCGGAAGUGGCGCGUGGAGAAGAGCAGGGUUUUCCAGCUGAUGUAUGGGCUCUUGGAUGCACAAUCAUUGAAAUGGCUACCGGCAGUUCCCCAUGGCCUGAGAUGAAUGACCCGGUCUCAGUUCUUUACAGGAUUGGAUUUUCCGCUGAUGUGCUGGAGCUUCCAAGAUGGUUGUCGGAGAAGGCCAAGGACUUUUUGAGCAACUGUCUUAGGAGGGAUCCAAGGGAGCGUUGGACAGCUACAGAGCUUCUUGAGCAUCCAUUUCUUGCAGAAAACGAUUCUCAUUCUAUAGAAGUCAAGGAAUUAACUAUGAGUUCCCCAAAUAGUGUAUUGGAUCAUGGUUUCUGGGAGUCGACGAAUGUGUUAGAAUGUCCUGGGAAUCAGACCCAGGAGAGCACUUCUUCUAAUUCUCCGUCUGAAAGGAUCAGGAUGUUGAUUGGUGGGACCAUGCCAUCAGAUUGGACUUGGAAUGAAGAUUGGAUCACGGUGAGAAGCAAUGGAAUAGAGGAAAAAGAGAAAUUCUCCGACCAAUACGAGGAAGAUGAGAAUUCAGUUGAAACUGCAUUAAUCAUGAGUCCUGGUACUCAAUUGGAAGUGUUGGGAAGUUCGAUGUUUGAUGAGGAUUUGUUUGAAUACUCUGCUGAUCACAGCACAAGUACUUUUAGCUGGAUUAGUAUGAGGAUGGGAUUUGUGACGGGAUGUGAGAGUGUUAAUAAGGAUGAUAUUGUAUUGAUUAUUUCAGAUUCCGAAUUUGACAAUGAAACUCUGUCUUUUCCUUUGAAUUCUAUACCAAUUCAAUAUAAUCUUAUCUUGUUUGUGACAAUAUACUUGCUUUACAAAUUACGAUCUCUUAGUUGCCUAAUUUUACCAGCGAAGCCAAGGUAGCUUGUAGAUUUUGAUUAGAGACCCUUUUCUUUUUACCCUUUAUUCCUCUCUGCUGCUGUGAAGGACCGAUUUUGAGCGAGUCCUCUAAUGGGACAGUUUCUGCUUUUGCAACUUGUCUCUAUUCGGAACAGGAGAAGAGACUUUUUAGAUAGAAGUUUGAGAGUGAGGAUGGUGUGUUCCUGCCCCUUUCAGUAAAUUAUCCCUCUUUUUGUGUGUGGUUUUUGACCAAGCCCACAAGACGAUCUUUUUUCACUUUUUUUCCACUCUUUUUGCCAUCCGCUUUUGCAAGUUGCCAGCAAGAGGCACUCUCAAAGUGCUGCUGCCACAACCCUUGGUGGGAUAGUUAUGGAUAAACAGUCACUCUGAAUUCAUUGUUUUCUAAUUCACCCUUGUGACGUUGACCAAUCCCACCAACGAUAGUGGAUUUACCUAAAUCUCAAGACUCAGAAUGGCCAAUUAACCAGAAAAUGUAUUGGUGAAUACAUGAAUCUCAUCCCUUUAUUCUGGCAUCCAAUAUAUUGAAUAUCAUGUUAUGCACCAUUAAACCAGCUGUCUCCUCGCUUUAAUGCAGAGUGGUUGUAAGCAUCUUUCCAACACAGAUCUAAUCUUUUGACAUGUGGAGUGUUAUAGAUCUGCUCGAUAAAAUCUCCAUGAAAUGUUUUGGUCUGCAUUAUCUAAUUUCCUUUUAGAACUUUGAAUCUGGGCAUUUGUCUCUUCUGAAUUCUGAUUGAAGCAAUGGCGGCCGUGGAAGGGAGAAUAGAGGGUGUAUAACUCUUAAUUAUUCUAAUCUAAGGGCAAGACUUUAAACAAAGUCAACUUCAUUAAC